GGAAAAUAAUGAUCAUAUCCGUUAUAAAUAGGUGUUUCAGUCGUUAGUGAAUUACAAAUAAUAAGUUACAUAGACCCUAUAUAGUUAAAACAGAUAAAUUUACUACCCAGUUAGCAACUACAUAUCAUAAUAAAAACACUAUUGAAAUCCUAAAAAAAAUAUCCAUCCAUAAAAAAUUAUUAGUACACGAAAUUCAUCAUUAUUAAACAAUUGUAGUUAGCUCCAUUUUUUUUCUGAGAUUUUGUGAAAUAACUAUGUUUUUCAGUAUAGCUAUUUUAAAGAUUAUUCUAAUGACAAUGUAUUUCAAUUAUCUGUUCGCAUACAGAACAACAACAGGCGACGAAGAAAUGAAGCAUUAUUCUCAAGAUGCACUCACAGCUAUAUGUCAAAUGGAAUCGGAAGUUGCAAGAAAUGCUUUUAGAGACACGAGCGAUUAUCGUACAAAUGAUCCAUACAUUGAAGAUUUAAUUGACAUUUGGUUGAGAAAAUGCAUUCGUUCAAAAAGUAAUAAUCCAAGAAGCAUACAGAAGCGCCCGUAUUAUGGCUGAGACUGAUUACAAUGAAUAUGGUGAAAAUGUACACAACUUAUAUCCAGUUGAUCGUUACUUUCUUUAUUGAAAAUAUACUACGAUAAAGCUUCUUAGUUACAAUCUUGGACCUAAAAUUAGUUUAGUCAAUGCUAUCAAUAAAAUAAAUUUCCAUUAGGAAGGUGAAUACUAAAUUCAUAGAUAAACGUACCGUAACACGGUAGCUCUAUAUUAGUUCGUUUCACUGUAUCCAAGUUUAUUUAAAUAGAUGCAUUUACAUGAACCAUUUCUAAAUGUGAGAUGUAAAUGUCUGAAAAGAAGUUUAAC